UCCACACAUAAUGACUCCAUAUCUGACAUCUAAUCACUGGUUUAAGCUCAGAAAUCUGUAGCAGCAAUACAUAAAUCCCGGAGCCAAAUGUAAAUCUCUUUUUUUUUUUUAACCCUAAUCUGAUCGAUGACAGUUGAGUGACAUGUCAGACUGUACGUUUUCGUAAAUCUGUACUGCAUCAUAAACCUGUUUUGUAGAAUGUGUGAUGUACGUUUACUUCUCAAGUAAUCACCCACGGUGAUAAGGUUCUGGAAUUCAAGGGAACACUGCAGUUACGAAAAAGGAAGUUCUGCUCUUUUGACUGGCAACGAGCGGGUGCCUACACGUGUAUGCGUGCGAGUGUGCACAAGUGUUCAUGAGAACUGAAAACAGAGAGACCUGGUCUCAGUUACUGGCUGAUAAAUAGACCUACAAGCCUUUUGCGUCAACUGGUAGAAUGACCAGAAUGAAAUUGACUGAUGUAGUAAGUCGUUUCACCUGAAAUUAAGUGGAUUUCUGAGGACAGCAACAUACUCUAUAAGCGGUUGACGCCCAUUCAAGCCUCAUGCAAUAAUGUUUACCUCAACAAAGUUUGAUAUACAAAUUAGAACACACAUACACACACUUCAACACUGAGGGCACUUGUGUUUGGUCUGAACCGUGGGUUCUAUGAGAACUGGUUAACUCUGUUUCAUGGGAACCACGUUCUGCAUAAACUGUUCUGUGCAAAUUGUGUCCUGUGAGAACUGUGUUCAGUGUGGACAAUCAGACACAAUGACUCCUGACGUCUGUUCCUACAGCGAGCUGUAGCCAACGCCUGAGUGUGCGCGCGCGGCUUCGGUUGAGAUUGGGCAGGACCACAUCCUGUCUGCAUCACAAGAUCUGCGCUUGGUUGACGUCCCAUUUGGUCUGACAUCGUCACUACCUGAUCCUCUUUCUUUCUUUUCCUCGAAGCCCACUCCCACUCCCACUGGCUCGCACGCUCAGUCAAUCCCCAGUCCUUCCUCUCUAUCUCACCCCCCCCUCCCUGUGUGAUAGCAUUGUGACUUCUCUACUCGCUGAGUCGGAGCAUGUGCCUACCGUUCAGUCUGCGAUCGUGUCCUGCAUUUGUCAGCAGUUGUCCGAGGUGAGGCAACUUUUCCGGGCAAUUCUGUUGUUUUGAGAGACCGCGUAUCAUUCAGAUACACUAGCGAGGACUCGGAGGGAACACAGAAGGACACCAUGGAUGUCUCUUUCAACCUCUUUUUCACCCCACCCCCACGCCCUCUACAUCCAGUCUGUCCAAUGGGCGGUGGCACCAGCAGACUGUACGGCUCGUCGCUUAGCAACCCUGCCGCCUCCCCUCUGGCCCGCCACCAGGACACCGACCCGUCCGUGGCCCCUCACCCCGCCACUGACCCUGCGGAGCUGCUGAGGGAGUGCGAGGAGGCCCUGCGGGAGAGGCCCGCCCGCCCCCACAGGGCCUUCGUCUGCCCGGGGGGGAGAGAGGGGGGCGGCGGCAGCGCCACGGACGGGAUCAUCCGGGUUAUGCAGUGGAACACGCUGGCUCAAGCCCUCGGCGAAGGGAUGGACAGCUUCGUCAACUGUCCCCCGGAGGCCCUCAACUGGGCCGAGCGCAAAUACCUCAUCCUGGAGGAGAUCCUCACCUAUCGUCCCCACAUCCUGUGCCUGCAGGAAGUCGACCAUUACCACGACACCUUCCAGCCGACGCUUGCCCGCCUGGGUUACCGCGGCAACUUCUGCCCCAAGCCCUGGUCCCCGUGCCUGGACGUUGAGGGCAACAACGGUCCUGACGGGUGCGCCCUGUUUUACGACUCCGCCCGGUUUCAGCUGGCGGACAGUGUGAACAUGCACCUGUCUGCUCUGCUGAUGCCCACUAACCAGGUGGCGGUCGUCACGACGCUGAUUUGCCGGCUGACCAGCAAGCGCCUACGCGUGGCGGUGACGCACCUCAAAGCCCGGAGCGGCUGGGAAUGUCUGCGCAGCGCCCAGGGUUCCGACCUUCUCCGGUACCUCACGAGCCUCGCCCAAUCGCCGGGGCUUCCUGCGGGCGGCACGCCGGACACCCCGCUGCUCGUCUGCGGUGACUUUAACGCUGUGCCCUCGGAGGACGUCUACCGGCUCUUCGCCUCGUCGCCGCUAAACCUCGACUCCGCGUAUAAACGGCUGAGCAGGGACGGGCUGUCGGAACCGGCCUAUACGACAUGGAAGAUCCGCACCACGGGUGAAUGUUGUAGCACUCUGGACUACAUCUGGUACUCUAGAGACGGGUUCAGUGUGGAUGCGGUGUUGGAUAUGCCUACUGAAGAACAGAUUGGCCCAAACAGGCUUCCGUCCUUUAACUACCCCUCAGAUCAUCUCUCCCUAGUGUGUGACUUGAGCUUUAAAGAGCAUGUGGACUGAUGAAAGACAGCAAAGAGGAUGAUGUGAUAAGAUUCACGGUAAACAGUGUGACGGGUUUGGAGUGACAGAUGCAAAGUAUAGAUGGAUGAGAAGCACCGCAAUGCCCCAGCUGUCCAAACACGUCUCUCUGACUCUAAAGAAGGUUUUAGAUGCCACCUGCCAAGUCAAAGCAGCUUGCUGAAAUUACUGGUUCUAUGAUGCCUGGGUGUGUGUGUGUGUACGUGUGGAUUUGAAACAGUGCCACACCUUUAGAAGUAUGAGAUCUUUCAGUGGAUGUAGCCAGCUCCACAGAGGGCAUUUCCACAAUAAAAUAGUCACUGUUCUACUGAAUUCAAACUGAAA